ACAACAAUUUCAUUCAUUCAUCCGUUGAUCGUCAUUCCCGGCAGGUGGUUAUUAUAAAGCGAGUCCUGUGCCCAUCCCCACACGGCGACGACAUGGAGGUUAGCAGCGAGACAGGAUACUUUCAGCAGUACGCUAAGAAGUUUCGCCGCACGCUGACGGCCCAGGAGGUGGACCAGUUUGCGGCACUGACGACGGAUCGGGAGCGGUUUGCGUACGUGAACGAGCUGAAGUGGCGCGUCGUGAAUGAAUUACCCCUCGAGCAGUCAUCGCCGGCGAAGGGGAAAUGUUUGGAAAAAGCGCUCAAACAUAAGUGCGAAGGUGAUCGGGCGCUGGGUGAUGGGGAGUGGACGGUCGCGCUAAAGUGCUACAAUCGAGCUUAUUUGCUUUUGCCGGAAGAAAAUGCACUCGAGAAAGCGCUCCUGCUGGACAAUCGGUCCCAGGUGCUACUGCAACUCACCAAACUCGACCAAUCGCUGGCGGAUAUCGAUCGUGCCAUCGGCUACGGCUACCCGCCAGACCAGCUGGCUACGCUCUGGGAGCGCAAAGCUCGUAUCUUUCAAACGAAAAAAGACUUCAAAUCCGCCGUCGAAUGUUACGACAAAACGAUCCACUAUCUGCAGCAAUACCCCACCGGCCUACCGCCCGAGCAGCUGGCCCAAAAGCUGGACGACCUGAAAAAGCUCACCGACACUGUGUACUACCAGUACAAGAACGUCCAGAAGUACCUGGAACCGCCCAAGGGAACGAGACCAUUUCAACCGCACCUCGAUGGAGCGGUACUGUACGAUAGCAGCGAGACGGAAGGUCGUUUCGCCAAAGCCAAAGCAGCGCUGCGUCCGAAUCAACUGAUACUGCGCGAAAAACCACACGCCGCUGCACUGUUGCAGGAGUACAGCGGGACGCACUGUAGCGAUUGUUUCGAACGGAUCGAGGUGCUGUACUGCUGUCCGCACUGUGUCGACGUCGUGUUCUGCUCGGAGCGUUGUGAGAGGAAUGGCUGCGAGAGCUACCAUCGGUACGAGUGUGGCUUUUUGGGUACGCUGUGGGCCUCCGGUGCAACGAUUGUGAGUCUGCUGGCACUGCGCAUCAUCACCCAGAAGCCGUGUGCUUACUUUGAGGAGAUGCGUCACGAGUUGCCAGAAUUGAGCGCAAGCAUGACUGAUAAACUUCCAGAUGAUGACUACAGGAAGAUCUUCAACCUGGUCACACACUCAGACAAGCGUACACCCGAGGACAAUCUCGUGUGGACACUGAUGGCAACCAUGCUCAACACGGUCCUCCGGAUGGCAAACUACAGUGCAGCGGGGGAGGAAAAUAACUUUCUAGGUUAUCUGCUGCUGCACAACCUGCAGGUGGUCAACUACAAUGCGCACGACGUUUCCGAGGUGCAGCGCAAGCAUGCGAACGAGCCGGCCCUAUCGGUCGCCGUCGGGGCAGCUCUCUAUCCGCUGCUGGCCCUCUUCAAUCACUCCUGCGAUCCCGGCAUUGUACGGUACUUCACCGGCACGACGGUGCACGUACGGACGAUUAAGAACAUCGCUGCCGGUGCGCUCAUCGCGGAAAACUAUGGACCACUUUACACGCGAAUGGCCCGCUCGGAGCGUCGCCAAUCGUUGGCCACCAAUUACAAGUUCGAGUGUGGCUGCGAGGCUUGCGCCGCCGAUUGGCCGACCUGUGCGAACAUGAACCACGCGGUGAUACGGUUUCGGUGUACGGGGCCGGACGCUUGCCAGCGCCCGGUACUGUACGAUCUGCACUCCAGCAGUCAGGGUGUGCGGUGCGGUGCCUGCGGACACAUUGUGGACGUUGGCGAGCGCAUCCGAAUGCUGCGGGAAGCAAACAUGAUCGGCCGCUUCAACGAGGCGAACCAUCUCUAUCAGGUCGGCAUGUACGAGCAGGCACUGGCGAAGUAUGCGGCGAUUAUGCUGAUCAUGGAUGAGGUGCUGGUACCACCGUACCGCGACUAUCACAUGUGCCAGCAGGGCAUGCGCCGCUGCUGUCUGGAUAUGGGCAGCUGUUACGUGUCUUACCCGGCCAGCGAAAAGUAAAA